GUUUCGCCUUGCGUCAUUUGUAUUGGAAAGAAUGGCGGCAGAAAUGAAAACGGAAGAUUUGGAAGAUAUGUUAGAGCGUCUAAGAAAUAUUAAUCAGACACUUGACACUAUGACAGCGAUACUCGUCCAAACCCAGGAUAGCAUGAACUCGGCAGUUCAGUGCCAGGAUUACCUCAAUAAGAGUAUCAAACCACUGCAUACAGCAUUGCUACAACAAGAAGAGCCAGCUUCCACAAUCCGUGCUACACUUCCAGUUCAAACUGAAUAACUUGCUUGAGGAAAUAAAUGUAGUUUUAUAUAAUUCAUCUGGUUAAUAAAUUUUAUGUAAAUAGCUGUUCUCAGCUGUAGGCAUUAUUGUGACUCGUCAGAAAGAUUUUGUAAACAAGUUUUUCUUUUGUACAUUAUUGCAGUAGAUUAAUUUUAAACAAUUUGUUUUGUUUUGCAGUUUAAAUAUUUUGCCUUUACUGUAUUUUGAUUAAUCUGAUCAGUAUUUGAUUCUGCAUCUGUAAAGUAAAACUGUUUUUUUUUUUUUUUAAAAGGUAGUCUUUCAAAUAUAACCCUUUUUGUCAUUGUUUGCAAAAUUAAGUGAAUUUGUCAGUUUCAGAAUGUAACCCUUUUUAUUUGUAACAAAGUAAUAUUUGUGCUUAAUUUGAAUGAAGAUUACCAAAACUAAACCCACCACAAACUUUUCGUUUUUAUUUUUGACGUGCCUCUUGUCUUGCUGACUGCAAAUGUAUUUAAAUAUUUAAUUCCUUCUUUUGAAGCCAGUGGAUACCUGUGAUUCAGCAGAUUCCUUAUCUGGAAAUCACAACAUGUUUAAAAAGAAGGAGUUGUUAAUAGAACAAGGGUGUUAACUGUAAAUUCCAUAUCAUUUGCUGAGAUAUAAUUAAGUCACAGAUUAGUAUGUUUUUUCUGGUAGUUGAUUGUUCUUUGCCAAAAGCUAAAACUGAGUGACAGGUAAGUGCAAAACAUCAUCUGGGGGUUGGACUGAGGGAGGGAUUCUCCUAAUUACCAGUUUUAAGGAAGUCUUACACACCAAGAUGAGGUUUUGCUGUAUUCAGUUUCAUUUAUAGUAACUUUAUAUUAAACAGACACACAGUAUUAUCUGUUCUCAAUGAAAUAACUAGUAAAAUAAUAGUUUGAUUUUUGUGUUUUAAACUUUCAGCUUACUAUCAUGGAUUUCAUUGACUGCCUCCAUUUGCCUUCACUUUAUUUUGCAUUUACUUUCCUAUAUAUGACUACUAUUCUGCAUAAACUUUUAAAAGGUGGAUUAAAGCCAGAGUCAAGGUGCAUCUGGAAUCUUCUGCUGGUUGUUAUUGGAGAAAUUGUGUGUUUUUUCAUACUGCCUGGAUAUGUGGGACUUUUUCUGUUGUGUCUGGUAUUUCUUCUUUCACUCGCUAUUUUGAGAAAAUUUGAAGAAUUUCUUCCAGUGAACAAUAAAGCAUUGUUGAUUACAGGAUGUGAUUCUGGGAUCGGCAAGGCACUGGCAAAACACUUUGACAAACUUGGUUUUACAGUUUUUGCUGGUGUUCUCAAUGAAAAAGGACCAGGCCCCGAAGAUCUGAGAAGAAGCUGCUCAGAGAGGCUUUCACUUAUACUUUUAGAUGUGACUGACACAACACAGAUUGCCCAAGCCUACUUACAGGUUAAGGCGUGUAUGGCAGACACAGUGCUCUGGGGUGUUGUGAACAAUGCAGGAGUACUUGAAUAUAUAACUGAUGCUGAGGUUCUGCCGGUGACAAUUUAUCAGAAGAAUAUGGCUGUCAAUUUUUUUGGUGCUGUUCAAGUUUCCAAAACAUUUCUGCCAUUAUUGAGGCAUUCCAAAGGCCGAAUAAUUAACAUAUCCAGCAUGGCAGGGGUGGUUCCAGUACCAGGCUUUUCAUCUUAUGGAGCUUCAAAAGCAGCUCUUGUUUGUUUUACAAGUGUUCUAAGGCAGGAGCUUUUCAAGUGGGGCAUCAAAGUGAUCAACAUUCAACCUGCAGCUUUCAAAACAAACAUUUUCGGCACCAUUGAAGAAUGGGUUUAUAACAGGACCCAGAUUUUUUCAAGUCUCUCACCAGAGAUUAAAAAUGACUACGGAGAAGAAUAUUUUAUUGCUUCAGAUGACAAGUGGAAAAAAAUGACGUUGAAUUCCCCAGAUAGCCUGCAGCCUAUUCUGAAUGACGUGUACCAUGCACUAAUGGCAAAAUUCCCAGAGCAUCUGUAUAGGCCAGGAAAAGGAGCAUGGCUUAUUCCCUUUAUCCACACUUACUUUCCUGUUCACAUUAACGAUUUUCUCAUAGAUAUGCUUUUUGAAACAAAUAAAUAUUAUCCAGGAGCCUUAAAAAAUAAAUAAUACUCAAAUGAGCCUUAAAAUGUAAAUCGUAAAAUGCCAGCAGCUUAAUGUAACUUUUGCUUCUGUUUUUUUUUUUGUUGUUGUUGUUGUUGUAAAGAUUCCACUACUGUUAUGAACGUGCAUUCCUUGAUGUUGUGCUUUCUGAUACUAUCUUUUUAUUCUUUGUGAAUUCUUUGCAAUAAAUUAUGUGCUAUAGUUUUAGUAUUACAGUGGUUUGCCAAUGCAAAACAGCCCACAGAAUAAUUCUGUCCUACAGGAGGCUAUACAAAUGCAAAAAGACACCAAUCAAAAAUUUUUUUAACAGUAUUUCAUAUUUAUUUCCCCAUAAUGUAGUGUAUUCUAUUCGUUAUUUGAUUAUUUUUAAAGUCAAAGUUUUAAACAAUUCAGAAGAGUAUUGUUCAUCAAUGAGUAUGUUCAGUAUUUGGGCAUUAGCUUUGUUUUAGUUUAUUGAGCUAUGGGACUGAUAACUUAAUAUUAUUACAGGUUAAGGUAAAUGCAUAUUGUAUUUAUUUGGAAGAAAUCCUAAUGAUCUCUGGUGAAAUAUUGACAUUUUAAUUGAUAUAUUGUACAGUAAUACAAAACUUGACAAAUCAGCAACCCAUUCAUGGUUCUUGCCUUGCUGCUGAUGUUGCCAACUUAGGUUUCAACACCACUAUACACUUGAAUAAAGGGAAAACUGGCAGAUCCAUUUUUUUUAAUUAAAAGGGCAUUUUUAAAUUUCUUAUUUUUGGUGCUUUCUGUUGAAUAUGUAUUUUUAAAUUAGUGUUGGUUUCUAAUUGUUUGAAUUAUGAAUUUGUACAAUAAAAUUCAGUCACUAACAAAUAAUAAUUGGCAAGUUUGCAUUGACUUCAUUCACAAACCACAUGCAUGAUUCUGAACUGGAUAUGCUUUUAUAAUUCACUAUAGACUAUUUUUUUUUUUUUUAACAAUUACUUAAUCAUUUGAAUUCACUUUAUACAAAGACAUUGUAUUCGCAGUACUUAGGUGUAAAGAUAAACCACACAUAACCGAUUUGUAAAAUAAGUGACUAACUUUAAAUAUUUCAGAAACUUUAGAAUUGGUUUAAAAGUAUUAAUAAAGUAAGUCUGAACUAUAGCACAAAUGUUCUCUUAAUUGUUUCUUUGCUUAUUUUAUUAUUUGAACAAUGUGCAUCAAUGUACAUUACUAAACUACUGUAUUGUAUGUUCAGGGGUGGAAUGAUUCAAUCAGUUUGACACAAUGGCUAUCAAGGUCCCUUUUGUCAUGAGUUCAUCUUUGCUUGAAGUUUAAUGCCUUGUGUCCACAAGAGUUUUCUUUUACAAAAAUAUACAUUUUGGGGUUUUAUAUUGAAAGUGUGUAAGCAGUUGUGAGUAGUAUAGUAUGAUGGUAUCCGUUGCCUUUCACCUGAUGCUGCGAUGUGCUCUGGCAUCCCAUAAUCAUUAAUUAAAUUAAUAAACUAGGUUAAUUAAAGAACAGAGAGAUCAUCAUUUUUGUUCAGCUAUUUUAACCUGCAAAUCACACGAUGUAACAAAAGUUUUUUUUAAUGCUAAAAUUAGUUAAACUUCAACAAAUAUAUUAAACUAAAGUAUGCUGCUUG